GGGUGGCUUUGGCGGGGACAGCGCGGGGACAGCGUGGGCUGCGGCAGCCGGCGUGCGCCCCGUGCCCGGGGACCGCUCCCCGUUCUCCCUCCCGGCCCGAGCCCGGCGGCGCAGCGGCGCGCGCGCGCGACGCGCCCCGGCCACCGCGCACCCAGGGGACCGCGGCCGCGGCGACUCGCAUCCCGGCCCCCAGCCAUGGGCAAGCAGGCGAGGAGAGGAUGCGACUGGAAGCGCUUCCUCGCGAAGAACUGGCUGCUGCUGUCCACCGUGGCCGCGGUGGUGCUGGGGAUUGCUGUAGGAGUCUUGGUUCGAGAAUACAGCAAGCUCUCUAAUCUGGAGAAAUUCUACUUUGCUUUUCCUGGCGAAAUUCUAAUGAGGAUGCUGAAACUCAUCAUUCUGCCAUUAAUUAUAUCCAGCAUGAUUACAGGUGUUGCUGCAUUGGAUUCCAACGUAUCUGGAAAAAUUGGUCUACGUGCCGUCCUAUAUUAUUUCUGUACCACUAUCAUUGCUGUAAUUCUAGGUAUCGUGUUGGUGGUGAGCAUCAAGCCUGGUGUCUCCCAGAAAGUGUCUGACAUCGACAGGACAGGCAGCAGCCCUGAAGUCAGUACAGUGGACGCCAUGUUAGACCUCAUCAGGAAUAUGUUCCCUGAGAACCUUGUCCAAGCCUGUUUUCAGCAGUACAAAACCACACGUGAAGAAGUGAAGCCUCCCAGUGAGUCAGAAAUUAAUACGACAGAAGCAUCUGUUACCACCAUCAUCAUGACGACUGCUGUUUCAAAGAACAAAACAAAGGAAUAUAAAAUCGUAGGCAUGUAUACAGAUGGCAUAAAUGUUUUGGGAUUGAUUAUCUUUUGCCUUGUCUUUGGACUUGUCAUUGGAAAAAUGGGAGAAAGGGGACAGAUUCUGGUGGAUUUCUUCAAUGCACUAAGUGAUGCAACCAUGAAAAUCGUUCAGAUCAUUAUGUGUUACAUGCCACUGGGUAUCCUGUUUCUGAUUGCUGGGAAGAUCAUAGAAGUCGAAGACUGGGAAAUAUUCCGCAAGCUGGGCCUGUACAUGGCCACCGUCCUGACUGGGCUUGCAAUCCACUCUAUUAUAAUCCUACCACUGAUAUAUUUCAUAGUGGUACGAAAGAAUCCUUUCCGAUUUGCAAUGGGAAUGGCCCAGGCUCUUCUGACAGCUCUCAUGAUCUCAUCCAGUUCAGCGACACUGCCUGUCACUUUCCGCUGUGCUGAAGAAAUAAAUCAAGUGGACAAGAGGAUCACAAGAUUUGUGUUACCAGUUGGCGCCACAAUCAACAUGGAUGGGACUGCGCUCUACGAAGCAGUGGCUGCUGUGUUUAUUGCACAGUUAAAUGACAUGAACUUGAGCAUUGGGCAGAUCAUCACUAUCAGCGUCACAGCCACCACUGCCAGCAUUGGAGCUGCCGGUGUGCCCCAGGCUGGCCUGGUGACCAUGGUGAUUGUGCUGAGUGCCGUGGGCCUGCCUGCUGAAGAUGUCACCCUCAUCAUCGCUGUGGACUGGUUCCUGGACCGGUUCCGGACACUGGUGAAUGUCCUUGGCGAUGCAUUUGGGACAGGAAUUGUGGAGAAGCUCUCUCAGAAGGAGCUGGAGCAGAUGGACGUUUCUUCUGAAGUCAACAUCGUGAACCCCUUUGCCCUGGAAUCCACAAUGCUCGAUAAUGAAGACUCAGACACCAAAAAGUCCUAUGUCAAUGGUGGCUUUGCUGUAGACAAGUCUGACACCAUCUCAUUCACCCAGACCUCACAGUUCUAGAGCCCCUGGCUUGCUUAUGAGGACUGGGAUUGAUGAAGGACAUCCCCAUGAGUCAACUCUUAGGAAACGCAAACUAUAAUUAAGGAAAAGAAAAACACUAUUGGGCAAUUGCACAUUUGAUUUGAUACACAGACCUCGAUUAUUUUCUAUAUUUGGAUUCACAACUUUUGCUCUUGGGUUCUGGGACUUGGGGGUGGGGUAAGAUGAUUUUGAAACUGAUUUUUUAAAAAGCUGUAUUAUCUGGAAUUAUAAAAAUUCUAAUUUUGGAAGCAUAUAAAGUGUAACUGUUGGAAUUAGGUAAUGGAUGUAGAAAAGAAAUUGCUUUCUCAAUGUUUUGGGUUUUUAAAAAAAUAUUCUGUCACUGACUACAAAUUUUUACUCAGGCUUUCUAUUGGCAUGAUUUCUUUUGACCUCUAUCAUUUUUAUAGAUUACAAUGCCUAUAAACUACCCCUGCCCCCAGUAAACGUGCCAAAUUAUCCAUUUUGAACUCAUCUCCAGCCAAUUUCAAAGGGACUGCUUUGAAAUAAAAUAGACCAGCAUAGUUCUGCAAUAAGUUGUUUUAAGAUAGGGGUGGGACUUAUAGGUGAAGAAAAGGGGUCCUUUUUUCAAUGUACUGUAUUGUGAUGCUGGAAACACUUAACCCAGUGUUCAGUAUAGAGCUAGAUAUAUAUGUAUAUAUUUAUUAUUUUCAUAUAAUCUUUCAGACAGAGAUCAGAAUUGACUGUCAAUGUGAAAUAAAGAGCUCUCCUUGUACUUGAACAACAGUUAUGAUUCCAGUUCGUAUCUGCUUCAGGGCUUAUCAGGACUCCGCUCUCAGGAGCAACAGAAGGCGAAAUUCUAUGGUUUGAUCAUUUCACAUGUGUGUCAGCCCCAAAGCUGAGAUGUUGUAUGGUGAGGCUUCGAAGUGGCACUUUCCAUUCACGUUACAACUUCUAGACUCUGCUGCUGGAAAGGAAUCCUUAUCAGCUCUGUAAGAUUACACAUAAAGAUAGUUCUCACAUGAGGCUAGAAGUUUUUCUUAUCCCGUUAAAGGUUAUUUUCUUUGAAGGUCAAUUACACCACCUUAAAAAUGGCAGUAAUGGGGCCAGAGAGAUGGUACAGUGGUGAGGAUGCUUGUCUUGCCUGCAGCCAACCCAUGUUCAAUCCCGAGCAUCCCAGAUGGUUCCCUGAGCCUGCCAGGAAUGAUCCCUGAGCUCAGAGCUAGUAGUACGCCCUGAGAACAGCUAGGUGUGCCCUCCUCCACGUACCCCCCCUUGCAAAAUGGUAGUAUUUUGUCCAUCCAAACACAAACAAGUGACAAGCUACCACCCAGGCUGUACUUUAAUAUGGAUUCAGUGGGUCGAACAAGCCACAUUGGCCAGAAAAGCAUGAUCCCUUCCCUGGACACUUGCAGAGUAGAUUCCUGGUAAGACCUUGGUGUCCACGGUUCAGGAAAUUCUUCAAAUAUAUGAGACUUGUCUUUUCUCCUCCAUGGAGGGUUGUUCUAACUGGUUGUCAAGUCAUCUUGAUCCUGAUCAUUAAAAUUCAUUGCUUGUCAUUUUGCUAAUUUAUGAGAAUAAUUUAUUAAAGUCUGUGCUUUGGCUCCUUACUUGUAAAUAACCCUUAACCUAUAUUUACACUGAGAUGCAAAAUAGUCAUGUUUCAGCAGUAUUGAUUAGCCAAUUUAAGCCUGUGCUUUUUGUGUUUUAGGAAACAACUAUGCCAAAGAUCAGGGGAAAGAAAAUAAAUGCUCAGUAUUGUCCACGUGCACCUGAACUAUACAAGAGAAUGAUAUCGAAUUGUCCUGUAAGCACCAUAAAUAUGGAUCAGUGACUCAAUGUGAGUUCUAAAAUGCAAGUAUUGGUGGUUAUAGGAAGCAAACGUCAAUUGAAAUCUGAAAGCAGAUGAAUCAAUCAUUUACUUGAGCUGAGUGAUUCUACUCCCUUGGCAGGUUGCUCUAAUUAGAGGCACUUAAAUUGGCAGAACUGUUCAUGAACUUCGGGUCAGCCUGCAGUUUUGAAGUCAGUUUUUAACCAGCCUCUUAACACUGUGCUGUUAACUCAUAAAAGAGAACAAUGUUCCAUUUCUGUCUCAAUAAACACUUCCACCGUUUCUUUCU